AUGGCCUUUGGCAUUCUCGAAACCUCACGUCUGGAGCAUACCCCAGGAACCAGUCUUCUAGAGACGGGUGCUCUUAACGAGACAGUCAACACUGCGGCUCUGAAGAAAGGCUCUGGCAGACAUGCGACUACGAUUCUGGUACCGCAGCCCUCCAAUGAUCUCAACGAUCCUCUCCGCUGGCCGCUGUGGCAGCGAGAUCUCCUGUUUGCGUUAUUUCUCUACUGCACUAUAUUGUGUGUUGGAGGGAUUGGUCCUUUACUCUCUGCAUCUGCCGCGGUGCUGGUUGAAGAGUUCCAUAUCGAUUUCACCAAAGUAACGCUUCUUAGUGGAUAUCAGCUCUGUGCUGUUGGCGGUGUCGGCAUUUUCAUUUCAGCUUUGAGUCACAAAUACGGCAAACGUCCUGGAUUUCUUUUAUCCAUCCUCUUUGCCUUCGUCGGGACGCUGUGGGGUGGAGCUGCUCAAUCUUAUAGCUCUUUGCUAGGCGCCAGGAUCGUCCAGGGACUCGGCGUUGCAAUGUGGGAAGCAGUUUUGUUCGCCGUAAUCGGAGACCUCUACUACGUCCACGAGCGCGGUGCCCGAACGGCCGCAAUUACGAUAGCAAUAUCCGGCCUCUCGAAUCUUCCGGCUGUCUUGUCGGGGCUGAUCACAAUGAGACUAGGCUGGAGGUGGAUGUUCUGGAUGAUGGCGAUCUUCUUGGGCAUCGCUCUUGUCCUCCUCUCCAUUUUCGGCUGGGAGACGGCUUUCAACAGGGCUUCGAUCUACAACACAGAUACUGCGUCUACCGAUAAUGUGCGCGAGGAAGAAGCCGUCGCAAUCCGCCCACGCAGAUCCUUCCUCCGCCGCCUCGCUCCCUUCUCAGGGACCUAUUCGGACACCAACUUGUUGACAAUGAUCAUCCGACCGUUCCUCAUCCUGGCCAACCCGGCCGUGAUCUGGUCGACAUUGCUCCUCUCCAUCACGACAGCAUGGUUUGUGGUCGUUAGCUUUAUCAUCGCUCAGAUCUUCUCGGGCCCACCCUACUUCCUGAACCCUGAGGACAUUGGAUACAUGUCCGCCGGCCCGACUGUCGGCGGCGUCCUGGGCUCCAUCAUCUGCGGCCUCAUCUCCGACCCGAUUGCAACAACGCUGGCGAAGAGAAACAAGGGAAUAUAUGAACCGGAGUUCCGCUUGCUCCUGCUGGUAUUCAUGCUCGUAACCGCCUCGCUGGGGUUCUUUCUUUUCGGGAACCUUGUCGAGGCAGGCUACUCUCCUGCCGCCAUUUCAGCCGUGUGGGGAGUCGCCACCAUGUCGAUACAGUUCUGCUCUGUUACUAUAGGGACAUAUAUGGUCGAUGCCUAUCGCGACAUCUCCAUCGAGGUUUUCAUUAUCGGAAUGGUAACGAAGAACUUUGUGUUCUUUGGCCUUUCAUUCGGCGUGAACGACUGGGUCACGGCGUGGGGGCCAGCAAGAGUGUUCAAUACCAUUGGUGGUAUUCAGGCCGCCCUCUGCAUUCUCUCUAUACCGGUAUGGAUUUUCGGCAAGCAGUGGAGGGCGUACUUCCAUGCGAAGCACAUCUCUUGAGAAUCUUUAGGCCGCGUGCCCAUUUAGUUUCCUAUGAAAUGCAGUGCUCGGUCUCCGAGAUAACCUCGCAUGCAGUCAAUGGUCAUAACGGCUUCCACAAAAGUGCUCCCUUUAUCUUUAUAGCAAGAGCAUAUAUUUGACAGCUUGUGAGACUGUCUACAUGGACGUCGGUUCAUCGUGUUCUAUGAUCUAGAGGUCUAGUUUAAGUAGCUGUAACAAUUUU